AUGUUGAUUCUGAAAUCAGCAGAGAUUGAUCGAAAUCAAAAUGAACGUCGAGGACUCAAGGCUCUUGACUUCGUCGGAAGAUUACGUGGUCAUUUCAAACUCUUCGCUUUGAUUAUUUGUCUCUGCCAUGGUGACAACAUCUUCGCCUUCGAUGCGAUUUUCUCGAACUCGCCUAAGUUCAAGAUUCCGUUUCAGUUCGAUGAAAACGAAUUGAAGAAGAUCGGUGCGAAGGAAAUCGAGCUUUAUACGUCCGACAAUCAGGGAGCCAGCUGGCGCUUGCACGAAGCUGUCUCACCUCAAGAGAGUGGUUUCAUCUACGAAGCUGUCAGCGAUGGGGAGCACUGGUUCUCGGUCAGGACCAAGACCGAAAGUGGUCUGACUUACCCGGCUGGACCUCAUCAAGCUGGUUUGAAAGUGAUCGUUGACACCGUUCAACCGGAGCUGGAACUGGAUGUUUCCGAGAUCGAGUCUGGGAAGAUCAAACUUUCCUGGAACGUCAUCGAGAAAAAUCCUCAGAUUGAAUCAUUGCAUCUAGAAGUUCAUCGUCCUCAGCAGGGCCGAUGGGAAGCGGUUGAAUUUGAGAAAACCGUUCGAGGAGAGACUCUCUGGAAUGUUUCUCGGGCUGGACUCGUUGAAGUUCGCGGCUCAGUCCGGGAUGCAGCUGGCAAUCAGGCAGAGAUUGCCACUCAAACCAUUGUGGCUGGCAAUUUGUCUGAAGAAGCCCCUCAGCAAAGUCGGUCCAGGCCAAUUGCUUCAAAUGCAGAGCAGAGUGCAACGAUGCUUUCGAAUCAGCCAGUUGAGUUGGAAGUCAAUGAAUCCAAGCCCAAGUCGAUAUUAACGAGCAAGCCCUCUGGAACAGCUGAUCUCGUCUUGCCUCAGCAUCUGAAAGAGGUGACUCCGGAUCGGAGCCGCAUCGACCAUCAGUCAGUCAUGCCACAGUUGGAAGAGAAAAUCAGUGGUGUGACGCCGCCUGAGCGGGAAACUCCUCAGGUUGCGACUCUGCGACAACUCACGCCACCAGAUGUUCCAGUGAAAGAGUUCUUUCCCGAAAAGAAGCCAUUGGUUCUGGUUCCCAACUCAAAGCCUGGUUUGAAACAGCUGAAGCCAGUCGAACCACUACAGAAUAUGGAAAGUCUGCUGGAGCAGCCGAAACCAACGAAGGUUCGAAAAAACCACCUUGUGAACUCGACGACGUUUCGCAUUGCCUAUGAAAUCGAAGACGUCGGACCUUCGGGAGUGUCGAAAAUUGAACUUUUCAUCACCGAAGAUCAGGGGAAAACCUGGUUUCAUUACGGGAGCGAUUCGGACAAUGUCUCCCCCAUGGUCGUCUCUGUUCCUAAAGACGGUGACUAUGGGUUCUCCUUCCGCAUUCGAAACGGUGUUGGCCUGAUUGCCACACCUCCACAACCGAAUGAUCAACCAGAAAUCCUGGUGACAGUUGAUCAAACGGCUCCACAGGCCGAGCUGUACUCGGUGAAGCAAGGGAAGUUUGGCAAUCAGGAUCAAGUGGUCAUUGAAUGGGCUGCCAAAGACCGCGAACUUGACGAGUAUCCAAUUGCUCUCUACUACGCGACCCAGGAGACCGGCCCCUGGGAACUGAUCAAGGGGUGGACAGCCAAUACGAAGCGACUGGACUGGACGAUCCCUGAUGUGAUUGAGAAGAAUUUCUAUAUCCGCCUGGAUGUGCGAGAUGCCGCAGGCAACAUCACUCGGAUCGACGGUGAUCAAGCCUAUACCAUUGAUCGCUCCCGCCCGAAGGCCAAGAUCACGGACGUUGAAUCGUUGAAGGUUCAACCGAAGUAA